GCGCACGGCACGAGCGCGCAGUCAUGCUGUGCCCCGCGCGCUGCUCGUGCUUCCUCUGUCGCGAGCUGCAGUCUUGCAGGGCCGCCGACGCAAGGAAACCUCCAAAUAAACAUAACAUGAGCGACAACUUCAUUCUCAAAAAGGCCGAAGCAUGGGAGCCGAUGAAGUUCAUUCGUGGUGCGGCCAGACUCUCAGUCAGGCACUGGCAGAGCAGGGAGCCACUCAACUCGACAAAGACGAGGAUGGCCACUCACAAGUCGACCAGCUGUGAGCAGCUGUACCCUCACCCUAGCGAGGAGCAGGCGGGGCCGUUUGGGAUGCGGCGCGCCCCGAGCACUGAUCGUGUCAAGCAAACUGAUCAUAAGCCAUUAUUUAAGAUAUUAGGGAACUCGCGGCUCAAGAAAGUUAACAGUACCGACGCCGCCGAAUCUAAAGUGCGACGUAGCGUUUUGAAUUUUAGAAAAAACGAGACUCCCAAUCCCAGCAACGUUCAUGAGAAAUAUCUGCCUUUACCACAAAUGUCAGCAUCAACAGAGCAUGUUUACAGUGAGCCUAGACCGUGGAACUCACAACCACAGUACGACGACUGCUGCCGUCCACCAGUGUACCAGAGUGUCGAAAAGAAACGAGAAGAGAACAAGGUGACUAACUCUGAAAAGAAAAACAUGCUCACCAACCGUCUUCCGUGCUACGAAGAAUUAGCACAAAAGAUAUCGCAAGAGAAAAAUAAGAAGCCAAACUUACCACUAACUGAAGCUGGCCUAGCUAACAAAAUAACGCAAAACAAUAACAAAGUAGUUAUUUAUUUCGGCGAUUCUAUUAUAAGGAAACACAACGAACAGAAGAGAGAGGAGAAGCUUAAAGAAGAAAAUCAAAAGCCAGAAGCCAUAUACGUCAACAGGUUUGUAAACGAGACUGAGACUAUUGGACUGGAUAAUUUCAUUUAUAAAGCAGACGAAUGUCCAACACCAGAAAUUCAUGUAUCGGAAGCUAUAUAUUCAGAAAUAAAAUAUGAAGACCCUAUAGACGACGUAGUGACGAUCAAUGAUGCAACGUACAGAAAAGAUGUGUUUGGGACCAUCAGUUCUGAUGGUUUUUUGGUUGUCGAAUUUGAAGAAAACUUCGAAAGGGCUCGACAACUAGUCGAAUUGGUGCACGGGGGAUCUAGUGAACACCAUGAAGCGACAGUUCUUGAUGAUGAAGAGCCUUGCGAUUGGAGCUUCGUUCAAGAAUGGAGAAAAAGACCCUCAAGUGGAUGUCGUCCUGGUGAGGAAGGCGCGUGGUGCAGCAGCGUCGGAGGAGCGAGGGCUCUCCGCGUACGGGUCUCGCACGCGACGGCUGCGGCCGCUCCCGUCACGCGCCGACUGUCGCCUCCGCCACACGCUCAUCGCGCCACCACGCCUCCACCACCCUCAGAACUCAAUAAAUCCCACGAAGAGAUACCGCAAGCAGUACCAGAGCCCACCAGUACGGCGCCACCGAAGCCAGUGACAGCUGUUUCUCAGCUGACCAACGCAGCCUCCCCGCAGACGAGCUACCCCCUAGAGAGACGAGCGCCCAAACAUGAUCAUCUCCAUUCAACACCCGCACAGAAUGGAGUACGCGAAUGCAACAGCAGUUCCGAUGAGAACAGAUCAUCGGGUCAUGCAUCCAUGUCGGACAGCGGGGGUGGCGGGGAGGCGGGGAGGGAAGAGCCUAGGAGGUCCAGGCAACAACCUCAUGUUAGAACAAAACAUCGACCUCACAAUAAGCUACAAUCGCCUUGGCCUGGAGGUGGAGGUCUAGAAGAUAUAAGGUCAGCUAUAAAACAGCUAACUCUUCGUUCUCGAGACAGCAGCAGUACAGCCACUAGCGGCGCUUCAAGCGCUGGGGGAGGAACUAAUAACGGAGUUCCUGAAAACGGUAGCGCCACAGACGCCCGCAGAAGGAGAGCUCCACUUGUCCGACAACCGUCUCUGGAUACAGUCUGUACCAACGUCACCAGCGCCGAUGAAUUUGUCUGGGUGGACUCUCAUAAUAGACUUGUAGAGCUGCGCUGCAUGCCUUGGACAGCAAGUGAGGUGAGUCGGGUAUUGCAGACAGGAAGAUGCCGUGACUUAGCACCCAAGAUGGCGCCGGAUACUCCCCCAAGGCUGGCCUAUUUACUACAAAGGGCCUUAGUCCGGAUUGCGAGGGAAGCGCAACGCUUGUCUCAAAACUUUGGGUUCUGCUCCAAGCAUGAAGUGGCCGGUGCUUUUAAGAUCGUUCUCAGCACGCCACUAGCAGAUGCUUGUAUUAAGGCCUGUCAGCGUGCAGCCACAAUGUACGCGACAUCAGGCGGAGCGGCGCGAAGACUGGGGUCAGCCACCCGCGCCCGGACCAGCCUCGCGCCGGGACGCUUCCACCGAUGGAUGCUCGAUGUCCGCGUCGCGCCUUUCGUACAUGAAUACGCAGCGAUCUAUCUAUGUGCUGGCAUGGAAACUCUAUUAGAAGAGAUAGCGUUGAUUGCGGCUGCAAGUUCAGGAGGCAGUAAUGUUGGUGUUCCGUCCAUCACGCCGGCAGCAGUCGAUCUCGCUGUAGCCAAUUGUGCUGAUCUCUGGGGCUUAUUACAGCCAUACAGUCAUCUCAAUGCCGGGAGAAUAGCAUCAGGAGCUCUUUCACUCUCAAGAUGGGAGUCAAUGAGUUCGUUAGGAUCCGGUUCAUCAUCAGGAAUGACUAGACCAGAGCAUAGGCAAUUAGGACUCAGUCAUGAUUCUGGCAUCACUACAAAUGGUUCGAAUGGUUCCGGAACGUCGGCCGGUUCAAACACUGGUUCAGCAGGAUCUAGUGCUUCAGUGCUGCUGACCACGUGCGCAGGCUCGUCAGCGGAACUGAGAGCAGUGCUCCGACGCGUCCACCCGCGAGCGCCCCCCCUGUCCCCGCCGGCCGAGAGAGCUCUCUACUACUUCAUGAGAUGCUCACAAUUGGAGCACUCCACCAGUACAGGGGGCAGUUGUGGAGGUGCUGGACUGUGGGGGGAGCGUGGGUCUGGAGCUCUGCCUCCGCUGGGCGAGUGGGUGCGUGUCAUACGUGCUCACGCGUCUCUCAGACCCCCUCCGGCUGUACCCGACGCUGAUGACGUCAUGCAAGCUGCUAGACUACUGUUGCCGCAUGCUGACUGCCCACCGAGACCGAUCACUAUAGAAGAAGCGAUAGAACCAGUUUGGUCAAGAUGCACCCGCACUCCAGACGAACUCAAUAGAGUUGCUCUGGGCUUAGCGCAGCGAGCUCUUCUGAGUGGAAGACCUGAAAUCGUUGGUGGUAUCAGAACUCUCCUACCACCAGCUGGUUUGGAUGCCACGGAUGCCUCCGGCAUGACUGUGCUCAUGAAGGCAGCUCUUGCUGGAGACGAUCAGAUUGUUACCAUGCUCCUUGAAGCCGGAGCCGACCCAAAUGUUGAGACUGGGGGCUCGUCAGCUGCUCACUGUGCAAUGCCACUGUCGCCUCGCUCACCUGGAACUCAUCAGAGUAAUCCAGCUUACACACCACCUACUGCAGGCUGGACGGCGUUGGUGUACGCCUGCAGCGGUGCCGGCGGCGGUGGGGCGCUGGAGUGCGCGCGACGGUUACUGUCCGCUGGAGCACGAGUCGACGGCGCGCCCGCCAGAGGAGAUGACGUUUGUACGCUAACACCACUGCAGGUUGCCUGCGGUGUCGGCAAUUUAGAGUUGGUGCAGCUGCUUCUGUCAAAUGGAGCCGAUCCGUUCCUUUCCACUCAGUUGAACGACGCUCUCUGCUACUCUGUGGCGGCACAAUAUGGAUGUUACAGUGCAGUAGCGGUGUGCUGUACGCACGGGCGCCGAGGGUGUCUCCGCGCGGCGAUGCGGGGCGGGGCGCGGGUGGCGGGGGAGGUCCUGUCUCUGGAGGAGGUGCUGGCCGAGGGGGCGGCAGGGGCGGGGGCGCCCACGAGACCUCCGGCCUUCACCAAACAACAGCAGAGGGCGUUGCAAGACGCCAUGUACUGUGCCGCUGAGACUGAUCAUUUAGAUAUCACUCUCGAGUUGAGGGCGUUAGGAGUGCCAUGGUCGCUACAUGCCUGGACUCUGUCCCUAGCGGCUGCCGCUGAUGCUGCGCUAGACCAUGUUAUCGAUCAGCUAUUACAAGACUUCUUACAGGUUUGUCCGUCAGACGACAGUCACUACAGUAAACAAUUCAUUUACGAAUGUCUCCCUCUACUGUUCAACAUUCUACGGUACAGUAAGAAGGAGGGCACGGUGCUGUUGCUGGCCGACAUACUGUGCGCUUGCUACGGUCGUGAGCCGGUGCCGAGCGUGGAGCCUCCGCCCCCCGCGGCCCCGGCGCCCGCCAGGGUGGACCCGUCCUACGUCAACAACCCUUCGCUCGCUGACGUUACGUUCAGGGUGGAAGGACGUCUAUUCUAUGGUCAUAAAAUAGUUUUGGUGUCGGAGUCACCGCGGCUGCGAGCAAUGUUGGCGCCACCUCGACCUUCCAGCGAAGCAUUACCACCGACAAAUACCGCACCUCCCCUUGUUCAGAUUAACGACAUAAGAUACCAUAUAUUUGAGCAAGUAAUGAAAUAUCUGUAUUCCGGCGGCUGCUCUGGGCUCGACAUACCCGAGACUGAUGUGUUGGAGGUGCUGGCAGCCGCUUCGUUCUUCCAACUGUUGCCGCUACAGAGGCACUGCGAGGCCAGAGCCGCUAAAUCAGUUGAUCUACACAAUCUCGUCUCAGUUUAUAUUCACGCUAAGGUAUAUGGAGCAUCGCAACUCUUAGAAUACUGCCAAGGCUUCCUUCUCCAGAACAUGGUGGCUCUCUUGACAUAUGACGACUCGGUAAAGCGAUUGCUCUUCGGCAAACGGCUGCCCGGCCACAACGUGCUUGGCGCUUUAUUAACAACACUGCAAAAACGAAUCGAAUCAAGGAAAAGUCAUUCUAAAGCUAGGUAGCAUUGUUUAAACAGUACAUUUUUAUUGUAAACUAGCGACCCGCCCUCGCUUCGCUUCGGAAACAUAAAAUUUUAUUAUUGAUUGAUAGACGAAGCCCGCCAUGUUGCGCGCGAUACGACAAUAACUGCGGGUAACGCCGCGAGGCGAAGCUAGUCUAAAAAAAAGUAUCCUAAGUUACUCCUUAUAUCAUCAGCUACCUAUUAGUGAAUGUCUCAUCAAAAUCGGUCCAGCCGUUCCAGAGAUUAGCCGGAACAAACAGAGAGACAGACAGACAAAAAUUGUAAAAAAUGUUAUUUUGGUGUAAGUACCGUAUAAUUAUAUAUUCAUACGCAUGUAGUAAAAAGCGGUUAUUUCAAUACUACAAACAGACACUCUAAUUUUAUUUAAAUGUAUAGAUGUAAAUCUAGUAAAAUACGGCUUUAAAAUGUUCGAUAUAUGUAAUACUAAACAAAAUUAAAUUGUUCGCAUAUUUCAUAUGAGGGUUGACUUUUUAUUGUUAAAUUCGAUAAAUAGUUUUCUACUGUAAAUUGUGUUUUAAUUAGAUUUUUCGAGUCAUAGACAUGAUUGAAAACAUUAAUAUUUUAUUAUUGUGGUUGUCCAAUUCCUUUUAAAGUUAUCUACGAAGCAAUACCUUAUUCUAUACAGUAGAUACCUACUAACUAGACUUACUUGAACAUAAUUUUUUAUGCUCUCCGACAACACUGAAAAUAAAUUAAAUCUAAGAAAAAUUUAACCAGACAUAACAUAAAUAAAUGAUUUCUAUUAUCUAUGUAAGCCGGAAUCCUAUAAAAAUAACAUCCAGAAGACAGAAUGGGUGCCAUCUACCAGACUCAAAAUGUAACAGAUCUUGGGAUCCUCAGAAACACACAAAGAAUUUUCAAUAAUAGCCUUUUAAAAGAGGCUUAUAUAUACAUAAUAACAUAUUUAAAUGAAUUACAUUUUACAUAUAAAAAUGAAUUACGUAAUUACUACUAACAUCAUUUAUAUUGAUAUAGUAACGUUAAACUAAUAUAAAACUAAAUUAAUUCUUCAUAUUUAUGAAAAUGAACAAACUUUUUUCACUUUAGAUACGUAAUUAUUAUUAUACAAUCGUUUCAUUGUAUGUUUAAAUCCUGUAGUAGGUACCUAAUUACUAAAUUGGAAGUGCCUAGUUAAUAUAGUAGACAAAAAUGUAAUUAUUGUUGAAAAUAAAGCAUCAUGUUGUGAAAAGUAAAA